UCUGCACCGGGGCCGCUUCGAGACUGUCCCGGUGGAGGGAAUGACAGAUGCUGCGAUGAUGGAAUUGAGCUGCGCUGAAGCACCUCUUUAUGGACAAAUCAUUAUAUACGGAAAGUUUGACAACAUUCUUCCAGAGAAGGCUGAAUUUUACUUUGUUUACAAAGGCUCAACACAGAAACACGUGGUUUUUGCUAAGCAAGUUACUGAUAACACCCUUGAAUCUAUUAUUCCAGCUCAUAGAGAACAAGAAGAUGUUUCUGUCUUUGUGGUUAUGUAUGGAAAGGAAAGUGAAUUUGUGACUCUGGGCUCCUCAUCUAUCACUUACAAGCAUGACAUUGCUUGUGAAUUAGCAUGUUUCUUGGUGAGCCAGGUCAACUGUCUCACUUCUUCAAGUCAUCACACGCUUCUCAGUCAAUUUGGUUUGAUUGUGAGAGAUUUGCAGUCAAUGGAUCAUGACGUUAUGCUAGCUAUGGCCCAUGAAGAGAUUCCAUCUUCUUGGAACAUUGUUGGGAAUAGUACAGAAGAUGAAUCUAAAUGCAAAGAGACACUUCUCCAUCUUGCAAUGAGAUUGGGUCUGGUUCAACUUUCGCAGUUCCUGUUAUUCCAACCAGGUGGAACAGUUGCAGUCACUUUACUUAAUGAGGAAGGGUUGACACCAUUGGACUUGGCUUUACAGAAUGGACAUUUCAGUCUUGUCGAAAUUUUUUCCAAAAGGCAGACCGUACAUCCUUUUGAGAUUUCUAAAGUGGAGCUUGACGAAAAUGCUGUCCUUCAAUUUGCUUAUUCAUCAGGGACUUUGUUGCUGACAUUUAAUCACACAACAGACCAUUCGCUAGAAUCUGAUGUUCAGCUCUUUAGGAAAUACUUCUGGGAUAGAGCUUUUACACACAAG